AGUGGAUCUCCACUCCUGCAGCUGCUCUCAUCAUGGAUCUUCUGCUUCACUCUCUGAUGGUUCUGAUGCUGCUGCAGAGCUUCACCACUCACGGCUUCCUGCUGGUUCACACCGGUACAGGACUGUGUUUGACCACGCAGAGCAGAGUGGUGGUGCUGCGGAUCUGCGACCCCGACAAAUUCAGUCAGGACUGGAACUGGACCCUGGAUCUGAAGCUGAGACACGCCCGCUCGUCGGCGUGUUUAUGGACAAACCCGGUGGUGGGUGUGACGCAGCACGCCCGCCUGGUGAAGAUGGGGAGGUGUAACAGCGCCCCCUCGUGGAAGUGCUCAGACGAGCGGGGGACCCUCCACCUGGCUCAGUGGGAGAUGUACCUGCACAAACUGGGCGAGAGGCUCGUGGUUCAGUACCAGCCCAAAAACUUCACAUGGAGCCGAUACAGCGUGGGCACCGACGGGACCAAGGUCCUAACACGCCUGUGCCCGGGAGCAGGUCCAUCAACCACUGGAGCAACCACCACCACCACCACCAGGAUCCCGGUCACCUCCCACAGUGGGAACACCAUCAGAAGCAGAACCAAGCGCACCAGGACGACUGGUACCAGUGAGGCCGCGCCCGCUAGCUCAGAUCAAGAGAAACCCGCCCACACCGAUCACGCCGGACUCUUCGUACGCGGACACGCUAGCACCAAGAAACAGGAAGUAUUGACGGUCACGCAGCUCCCCCCGGAGGUCAGGAACCCGCCGAGUAACGUUACACAGGUCUCACACCCACGUACAAGGGGGGUCACCCAAAUUACCCAGAAUCCCCAGACGGGCGUGUCACUUCCUGCGCUCACCGAUACCGAAACUGCAGCGCAAACUUUUGCUCCCGCCGCCGAAAAAAGCGCAUCGACACAAAACGCUCAGAGCUGGAAGACGACGGCGGAUCUGCCGGUCAGUCACCGCUCGGUGACGUCCAGAGACCAGAGGAGUAAAACACAGGGAGCUAACGGGAACGCUACGAGUACAGCGCCACCUACUGGAGACGCCACCGCGGCUACGUCAGCUACAACUAGCUUCAGUACUGAAGGAGCUAGAGCGGCGAAGACGAGCAUUAAAAACAAAACUAGCAAGAUGGGGUCAACAACUGCACCUUCAUCUACAUCUGCCCCUGCAACUAAUGCUAACGGGGGGACUACAACUACCCCCUCAGCGACUACAACUACCCCUUCAAUUACUACAACUACCCCUUCAACUACUACAACUACACCCUCAGCGACUACAACUACCCCUUCAACUACUACAACUACCCCUUCAACUACUACAACUACACCCUCAGCGACUACAACUACACCCUCAGCGACUACAACUACCCCUUCAAUUACUACAACUACCCCUUCAACUACUACAACUACACCCUCAGCGACUACAACUACCCUUUCAACUACUACAACUACCCCUUCAACUACUACAACUACACCCUCAGUGACUACAACUACCCCUUCAACUACUACAACUACACCCUCAGCGACUACAACUACCCUUUCAACUACUACAACUACCCCUUCAACUACUACAACUACACCCUCAGCGACUACAACUACCCCUUCAACUACUACAACUACCCCUUCAACUACUACAACUACACCCUCAGCGACUACAACUACCCUUUCAACUACUACAACUACCCCUUCAACUACUACAACUACACCCUCAGCGACUACAACUACCCUUUCAACUACUACAACUACCCCCUCAGCGACUACAACUACCCCUUUAGCUACCAAAGCAAGUGGAACUAUGUCUGUACCUGAAACUACAGAGGUAACUACAGAGACUAAAGCUGUCCGUACAACUACUGCUAACCGGGUGACUACAACUACCCCUUCAGAUACUACAACUACCCCCUCAGCUACCAAAGCAACUGGAACUACAUCUGUACCUGUAACUACAGAGGUAACUACAGAGACUACAGCUGCCCCUGCAACUUCUACUGCCCCUGCAGCUACUGAUGCCCCAGGAACUACAACUACCCCUGCGACUACUGUUACCCCUGUGACUACAACUGUCCCUGGAACUACUGCUGCCCCAGGAACUUCAACUGCCUCUUUGACUACUGUUACCCCUGGAAGUACAACUGCCCCUGCGACUACUGUUACCCCUGUGACUACAACUGUCCCUGGAACUACUGCUGCCCCAGGAACUUCAACUGCCUCUUUGACUACUGUUACCCCUGGAAGUACAACUGCCCCUGGAACUACUGUUACCCCUGGAACUUCAACUGUCCUUGUAACUACUGUUACCCCAGGAACUACAACUGCAAGGGCAACUUCAGAAGCAACUACGAACCUUCAGACCUCUCCUCAGAUCCUGAUGACAACUGAACCUCUAACAACCUCCAUCGUCACCUCCACCUCCACCUCCACCUCCACCACACCUCAGCCUGAAACCACGGAGGAACCGGUCAGGUGCGCGGUGAACCGGACCCACACUCUGGUCUCCACCAGCUCGGCCAUCGUCACCUUCACGUCGGCGGGAGAUUUCUGUCUCUUCAGGCUGAUCGACCGUCAGAACGGAUCUGAUCUGACCGACUGCAGCCCGAACCAAACCCACAGCAGCGGAUUCGCCUGCACGCUGUCGGAGCUGAUCCCCGGCGCCGCCUAUCAGCUCAGGAUCGUCUCCGGCACCGACGCCGAGAGCGCCGACGUCUCCUUUCAGACCGACCCGGACCGACCGACGGGACUGGAACUGAUCCCGGAUGAUUCCUCCAGUCCAGGGGUGAGGAUCAGCUGGUCCAGAUCUCGAGGGCGUGUCGACUGGUAUGAGCUAGUGCUGGAGUCGAGAACCAGUGCCAGUAAGAGAACCGAGGUUUCGGGAAGCGCCGCGACCCGCUCAGGUUUCACAGAGCUCAGCCCAGGAACCCGCUACACGCUACACCUAGUGGCCAGAAGUGGGAAUAAAACGUCUACAGCUGCUACAGGGAGCGUGGUGAUGGCUCCGUCGGCGGUGAGCGCUCUGAACGUCUCCGCCGCCUCCGCCCGCGUCGACGUGUCCUGGCUGCCUGGGCCGGGCCAGAGAGAGGCAUUCUGGGUAAUUCUGAGUCACGGGGACGCACUCAUCCGGAACGCGAGCUUCAAAAGCUCAGAGACAUCCUGCACCCUGGACGAGCUCCGCCCGGGGACGCGGUACAGGGUCACCGUGGUAACGGAGGCGCUCGGGAAACGACGAAACGUCACCGAAGACGUUCAGACAGCUCCGGCUCCUGUGACCCGUCUGAGACUGGACAGCGAGGGCGGUGAGGACUCUCUGAAGGCCUCCUGGUUUCCUGCGGAGGGUGGAGUGGACCGAUACCUCGUCUCCUUAAGCUCCUCCUCGCCCUCCAUCAAACAGGAAGCUGCACUCCUGCCCAACACGUCCUAUUGGCUCUUCAGAAACCUGUCACCUGGAGGAGCCUAUCAGGUGACAGUGAGGACUGAGACGGGUGACCUGAGCGCCGAGGCUAAAGCUACAGGUAGAACAGUUCCAGCGAAGCCUGAACGCUGUACGUUAGAGGGUGUCGGAGACCCCCCGGCGUCUCUAAGGUUGUCCUGGUCGCCCCCUGCAGGACAGUGGGAGCAUUACGCUCUGCUGCUGAUGAACGGCUCGUCUGUGUUAAUCAACCAGACCGCAGACAGGGCGGCGCUAGAGUUCCUGUUCUCCAGCGGAGCCUUGGUACCCGGGCGGUUAUAUGACGCUGAGGUUACCGUGUUCAGUGGAUCCUUAACCAACACGCAGCGCUGUCAGGGAAGACUUGCUCCGCCUGCUGUUCGGCAGCUGCACGUACGCCACAGCGAUGAGAGGUCGGUGUGUGUUCAGUGGCGCCCCCCGCUGGGGGAGUGGGACGGGUACACGGUGUACCUGAGGGAGGGCGGAGGAGGGGCGGAGCAGCGGCGCCAGCUGGGCGGAGAGGCGGGCGAGGUGACCUUUAAUAACCUCUCACCCGGAAAAACCUACAACAUCACCAUUAUAACACACAGCGGCGAGAGGAACACGCCCACCUCCAUCAUCACACACACCGUACCCGCGGCCGUGUCGGAGCUGACGGUGAGUAACGAUGGAUCCUCGAGUUCUCUGACCGUGAGCUGGACCGGUGCUGAGGGUGAGAUGGAUUGGUACCGGGUUCUGCUCAUCCAGAACAGCGUGGUGAUCAGGAACGAGAGUGUGACAUCACAACACACCUCCCACAGCUUCCACGCACUGAGGAGCGGCGCCCUCUACAGGGUGGUGGUGAUCACGCUGAGGAACGGCGUGCCCUCCAGACAGCGGGUGGCAGAGGGCCGCACCGUGCCCGCGGCGGUGGGCGGAGUCUCGGUCAGCAAUAACGGCCGGGGGGAUUUCCUCAGCGUGUGGUGGCGUCCGGCGCCGGGCGAGGUCGACUCGUACUCCGUGGUGCUCGGUCACCAUGGCAACGUCAUCCACACCCACAACGUUUCCAAGUCCAGCCCGGAGUGUGUGUUCACCUCGCUGGUGCCGGGGCGACUGUACAACAUCAGCAUCAACACACACAGCGGGGGGUACAGCACCGGCACCGUGGUGCAGGAGAGAACACAGCCGUCGCCCGUGCUGAGCCCGCGGGUGACCCACAUGGCGAGUGACGACUCUCUGAGGGUGGACUGGCGUCGUGCCCUCGGUGAUUUGGAUUUUUACCAGCUGGUGGUGAAACACAACAACGUGAUCCAGCACAACCGCACACUCACACCCCAUCAGGACGAGUGUGUGUUCACCCGGCUCGAACCCGGCCGACUGUACACCGUCACCAUCUACACCUGGAGCGGCAAAUACCACAGCAGUGUGUCCACACACGGCAGGACAUUGCCGGCGGGGGUUCGUAACCUGACGGUUUCCUCUCAGGGUACGGAGGAGCUGAGCGUGGUCUGGGUCUCAGCGCCGGGUGAUGUGGAUCACUAUGUGAUUCAGCUCCUCUAUAACGAUAUGAAGGUUCUUCCUCCCAUCACGCUGAGCAGCAGCACCGAGCGCUUCGUCCUGUCGUCACUCACACCCGGACGCCUCUACAAGAUCCUCGUCUCCACCAUCAGUGAGCCCAACCUGAGCACCCGCUUCACCGAGGGGCGUACUGUCCCCAGUAAAGUGAAGAACAUCCACGUGAGUAACGUGGAGGACAUUUCGGGACUGAGGGUGAGCUGGACCCCCUCUCAGGGGGACGUGGACAGUUACUGUGUGUUCCUGUUCGGACCCGACGGCGUCCUCGAGACGCGCCCGGUUCCCAAACACGCUAACGAGGUUAGCUUCAGCUCGCUCCAGCCUGGAGAGGCGUACACAGUCCGGGUGCAGUCUAACAGCGGCGACUUACACAACAACAACACGGUCACUGCACGUACAGUCCCGGCCCCGGUGGAGUCCCUGCGUGUGGGUGGUGCGCUCAGCGUGGACAGUGUGUAUGUGAGCUGGCACGCCGGGCGGGGUGUGUGUGACGGGUACAGCGUGCUCCUGCAGGACGAGCGGGGUUUGGUCCUCAGUAACACCACCCUGCCCCCCGAGUCCCUGCAGCACCGCUUCGACCAGCUCACCGCCGGCAGGAAGUACCGCAUCCUGGUGCGCUCACUGAGCGGCGGGGUGCAGAGCAAAGCGGCCGCCGCCGAAACCCGGACAUGUCCGGCGUCGGUCUCUGACCUCUCUGUCCUGAGUCGCUCCGUCUCGGCUCUGUCUCUCAGCUGGGCUCCUCCUGCGGGGGAAUACGACGGGUUCACCGUCUACCUGUCCAGGGGCGAGGAUUCGGUUCAGGACCGGCGCGUCGGAGGAGCGGCGAUGAGGACGUGCACCUUCUCCCACCUGAAAGCAGGAACCGAGUACAGAGUAACAGUACUGACGCAGAGCGCCACGCUCACCAACAACGUCUCCGUCAGUGCCAGGACAGUGCCAGCUGCAGUGACCGGUGUACGCAUGGACAGCGGGAACAGGAGCGACGCCCUGUACGUGAGCUGGCACGGCGCGGUCGGGGAGGUGAGCGGGUACACCGUCGCCCUCUACAGCUCUGACCAGUCGCAGCAUUUUGAGCAGCAUCUCGGCGCUGAAACCAGGAAGCACGUGUUUCUGGACUUGGUACCCGGACGCCUCUACUCCACCACCGUCACCACCCACAGUGCCAACCUCACCAACGAGGCCACCACCUCCGCCAGGACCGCUCCGAAGCCGCCGGCCUCGUUCUCGUACGGCGAGGUCACCAACACCACGGUGGAGGUGAUGUGGACGCCGCCGGACGGUUCCGAUUUUACCGACUUUGAUCUGCAGUGGGUCCCGGGCGACGCCCUCUCGGUGAAGAACCCGUACCAGAGCCCCACCGCGGGCAGCCGGCUGCUGACGGGUCUUCACCCGGGACGCCUGUACACCCUGAGCCUGAGGACCGUCAGCGGGGGCGGAGAAGGUCUCACCACCUACAGCGCGCCGGUCUGCAGGAGCAUCAGAACCAAACCUCAGAGGAUCUGGAGUCUCCACUGUCGGCCCCUGAGCUCGUCGGCCGUCUCGUGCUCGUGGAGCGCCCCGCGCUCGGAUUUCGACGCGUACGCGGUGGAGUGUUUCCGGCAGGACUCGGGGGCGCUGGUGUACUCCAGGAGGACGCGACCCGACACCACGCUGUACCACAUCACCGACCUGGUACCCUACAGACACUACAGCGUCUCCGUCAGGGUCAUCUCAGAAAACAUGAGCAGCGACUCGGUCGUGGACAGUGUGGUCACCAUGAUCGACCGACCCCCCCUGCCCCCUCUCUCCACCCGGGUGAGUGAGGAAUCGGCUCACAUCACCAAGUCCUCCAUCUUCUUCCACUUUAACUGCAGCUGGUUCAGCGAUGCCAACGGAGCUGUCAAGUUCUUCACCAUCACAGUGACCGAGUCAGACGAGCAUGAGAACAUUCUGCCUGAACAGCGCCACCCUCUGCCCUCGUACUGGGACUACAGGACUAACAGCACAGUAAAGCUGUACCAGACCCGCUGGUUCCACAGCGGCUGUGAGGACGGGCUCGACGGCGCCCCCCUCUGGUUCAACAUCACGCUGGGCUCGGGCAUGGACAUGCUGGGGGGCGAGUGUGAACACACACACCUGAACGGUGCUGCGGGGGAGCGCGGCGGGUACUGCGACGGUCCUCUGAAACCCAACACUGCGUACAGGCUGAGUGUUCGAGCGUUCACACAGCUGAUGGAUGAGGAACAGAACGAGGUCCAGACUCCAUUAUACACCGAUACCUACCUGUCCCCGCCCCUACUCACACACACGGAGCCAGUAGGGGGCGUGAUAGAGGGAGUGAGCGCUGGACUCUUCCUCAUUCUGUCCAUGCUGGGAAUCUUCAUCCUCCUCAUCUACAGACACAAGAGUCACAAAGUUGUACAGGAGCCGUUGGUGAGGAUGAACGUGAGGAGAGAAAGAACCUCGUCCACCUCACGAGUCAGAGGGAACCGUCGGAUCUCCAGUCCGAUUAAAAUCAUGAACUUUGAUCUUCAUCUGAACAAACUUCAGGCCGACUCAAACUACCUGCUCUCUCAGGAGUAUGAGGAUCUGAAGGAGGUGGGUCGGAACCAGGCGCUGGACACGGCGUUACUGCCCGAGAACCGAGGGAAGAACCGCUACAACAACAUCCUGCCAUAUGAUUCGACGCGAGUGAAGCUCUCGUACGUGGAUGAUGAUCCGUGUUCAGACUACAUUAACGCCAGCUACGUUCCUGGGAAUAACUUUAGGCGGGAGUACAUCGCUACCCAGGGGCCUCUGCCCGGCACCAAGGAUGAUUUUUGGAAGAUGGUGUGGGAGCAGAACGUCCACAAUAUUGUGAUGGUGACACAAUGUGUGGAGAAAGGAAGGGUUAAAUGUGAUCACUACUGGCCGUUUGAUCAGGACCCGCUGUAUUAUGGAGAUCUGAUCGUUCAGAUGCUGUCCGAGUCCGUCCUCCCUGAGUGGACCAUCCGGGAGUUUAAAAUCUGCAGCGAGGAUCAGCUGAACUAUUCCAGAGUGGUUCGACAGUUCCACUACACCGUGUGGCCUGAUCACGGAGUUCCUGAAACCACUCAGUCUCUGGUUCAGUUCGUACGGACGGUGAGGGAUUACAUCAACAGAACCCUGGGGUCUGGUCCCACCAUCGUACACUGCAGUGCUGGAGUGGGUCGUUCAGGAACCUUUAUAGUUCUGGACCGGGUCCUUCAGCAGAUGAACGGUAGAGACUGGGUGGAUAUUUACGGUGCGGUGUUUGAUCUGAGGCUCCAUCGAUCACACAUGGUUCAGACCGAGAGUCAGUAUACCUACCUGCAUCAGUGUGUGAGAGACGUUCUCCGUGCCAGGAAGUUACGUAGUGAACAGGAGAACCAGCUGUACCCCGUCUACGAGAACGUCUCUCAUCAUUACCUAAGAGAUGCUGUUCACUCUCAGCGGAUGAAUCAGUGAAUCUCCAUAUUAAACAUUAAAUGCUCUUUUAUCUCAGUGGGGUUUAAACACGUGGAAACUCUGAGCUACCAACUCUAGAGGAGUAAAAUACAGCAGCAGAGAGUCAAAUGCUGAGAAUUAAUCUCAGAAUUCUGAAUUAUUCAUCACAUUUAUAAUGUUUUUUAUAAUGAAGAAAAAGUCGGAAUUGAGAUGUGACACACUGCUGCUGUUCUCCUGUAGGUGGCGCUAACAGACCUCCAUAGAAACACUGUGUACAGUUUACUGUACAGUAGGUUUUGUAAAUCAUUAUCCUGUGUAAAUAUUAUUUGAUAUUAAACUUUUAUACAUGAUCUACUGUACACGACCAACUGAAUGUUAUAGAACAUGAAAAUAUUAAUAUUAAAAUGAGUUUAUAAUGUGGAUUAUUUUCUCUGUGAGAUCAGAUUUAUUUAUGAAUAUUUAUAUUAUAUACAGCGCUAGUUUUAUAUUAUUAUUAUUAAUAAUAAUAAUAAUAAUAAUAAUAAUAUCUGCAUCUAAACUAAAUCAAAUAAAUGUAAUUACAAUUUCAUUUUAAAAGGAUUUUAAUUAGAAUUUUAUCAUUUAAUUUCAUACUGAGAGAAACAUUCAGCACUUCUGAUUAACACAGAUCAUUAUUAUUAUUAUUAUUAUUAUUAUUAUUAUUAUUAUUAAUCCUAAUUAUUAUAUUUACGUUACAGCUUCAUUUUCUGCACAUCAGUUUUAUCACUGGAUUAAAUUUAUUGCAAAAAUUCAGAGUAAAUGACACAAAUAUUGAAUCAUUUCUAAUAUUAUUUCUUUAUACUUUAAUCCUCAUUAUAUCUGAUAUUUUAGUGAAAGGCUUUAAAUUUCGUCUCUUGGAUUUUAAGUGCUGGAUCUUUAGGACUCCCAGUCAUAAACUCAUGUGCAUCUGAGACGAAACAUUAAAUCUGACCUACAGAGAAAAUAACGCGUCUAUAUUUUUAUUAUUUUAGUUUUUAUUAUUAGAGUUUUAUUAUCACUGUUGUAUUAAAUUUAUAUUAAAAUAAAAGAGAAAAUAUUCA